AUGAAUAGCAAUAACAGAAAUAAUAAAAAUAGAAACGCCAAUAACCGAAACAAAAAGCAGCUACAACUAGCAAAAGACAAAAAUGAAAAUAUCCAUAUUCCGAGAUAUAUUAGAAACCAACCAUGGUACUAUAAGGAUGUGACCAAAGGACUGGAGGAGAAAGAACCUAUCAAUAAAGGUGCGAGCACAACUGAAGAAGUGGGGAAAAGCGAUUAUUUAGUGCAUCAUAGACAAAAAGCAAAGGGGGGGGCUUUAGAUAUUGACAAUAAUUCGGAAGCAAAGAUUGGUUUAGGUAUCAAGGAUGAAUUCACAAUAAUUAAGCCACAUGAUGUGCCCUUUAGGGAUUCUUAUUCGUCAAAGUUCUGUAAAAACUGUGGUGAAACAGGGCAUACGAAGAAAGAUUGCAUGGAAAAGCCUAGGAAAGUGCAGAAAGUAAUAUCAGAUUUAAAUUUAAACAACAAAGUUAAUGGUACUAUAUUAGUACGUGGCACUGACGAUGACUGGGACUCCAGAAAAGAUAGGUGGUAUGGUUACUCAGGGAAGGAGUACAAUGAAUUGAUAGACAAGUGGGAACGUGAUAAAAAAAAUAAAACAAAAGGCCAAGAGAAAUCUCCAACUGACGAAACGCUUUGGGAUACUGACGAAGAGAUAGAGUUGAUGAAGUUAGAGCUUUACAAGGACUCCGUAGGUUCAUUGAAAAAAGACGAUUCUGAAAACUCCAAGUUAUAUAGGGCAUCAACGAGGUUGAGGGAAGAUAGGGCUGCAUACUUGAAUGAUAUAAAUUCAAUGGAGAGUAAUUAUGAUCCUAAAUCGAGGUUAUAUAAGAGUGAAACAUUGGGUUCAGUUGAUGAGAAGUCAAAGAUGUUUCGUAGACAUUUGACGGGUGAAGGAUUAAAAUUAAAUGAAUUAAACCAAUUUGCUAGAUCACAUGCUCAAGAGAUGGGGAUACGUGAUGAAAUUGAAGAUAAGGAAAAGAUACAGCAUGUUUUAGUUGCCAAUCCUACAAAGUAUGAAUACCUGAAGAGAAAGCAGGAACAAGAAGGAUUCAGGCAGCCCAAGAUCGUUAGUAUUGAUGAAUUGGAAGCCAAGAAAGUGGAGGGGACAAAGCAAUCAGAAGAACAACUCAAGCGUUUGAAAGAUUUAUACGGAUGA